AUGAAUAAGCAGAGGACGAUGACGGACGAUAACAACAACGAGGACGACAACAAGGACAACAACGAGGAUAACAACGAGAACAACAACGACGAUAAGGAUGACAACAAUAAGGACAACAACGAUAAGGACGACGGGGACAGCAACAAGGACAGCAACAAGGACAGCAACAAGAAUAGCAACGAGGAUAGAAACAAGGAUAAACAAGAGCAAUAG